CGACUUUGUAACGGCUAAAAAAAUGGUCUCCAAAUCUCCACAUUCCUACAACAAUCCACUCACUCUCAGACACUUACACACAGAGAAAUAGAGAGGGUAAACUCGUAAUUUUGGACUCCAUAAUCCGCAAAAAUUACCUCCUCCAUGAACGGACUUCGAGCUUACAACAAUUCUUCAGGUAAAUUUCACGCCGGGAAACAGGUUUUCCCGGUGACUUCGGAGGAAGUAGAAGUCGCUUCACAGAAACUUAUUGACGCGGUUUCAACCGGAGAUUCGAAACUUUUCGGUGAUCUCCUCUCUGAUCCGUUUGUUGACGUUGAUUUUGUUGGUACAGUUAAUUUGAGGUGUCUGAAAACUGAACUCGUUCCUGAUGGUGAGUCGACUCAUCGAGUCGUGUCUGAGUUUGAAGAGUUUCGUACUGAGGUUACGGCGUUGUUCCUGGCUUCUCAUUUCGGGAAUCUGAAUCUUGUCAGGAAAUUACUGAGUUUGGGGGCUGAUGUAAACAAGAAGCUGUUUCGGGGGUAUGCAACGACUGCAGCAGUACGAAGUGACCAUUUUGAGAUUCUUGAAGUUUUAAUAAAAGCUGAAGUGUCACAGCCAGCUUGUGAGGAGGCAUUGUUGGAGGCAAGCUAUGUUGGCCGGCCUAAGCACGCCGAGCUACUUAUGGGAACCAACAUUAUCAGCACACAAGUUGCUGUUCAUGCCCUUGUUACUGCUUGCUGCAGAGGCUUUCUUGACGUAAUUAAGGUGUUGCUUAUGUGUGGGGUGGAUGCUAAUGCUAUGGAUCGCAUGCUUCUCCUGUCAUCCAAGCCAUAUCUACACAUGAAUGUUGACUGCAAUGCGAUUGUUGGAGCCAUAGUUAGUAGACAAACUUCCGUUGUUGAAUUGCUGCUAAGGGAGGGUAUCCAGACGGACAUAAAAGUCAGGAUAGGUGCAUGGUCAUGGGAUUCUGCCAUAGGAGAAGAGUGCCGAGUAGGUGCUGGACUUGCUGAACCUUAUAACAUUGCUUGGUGUGCUGUUGAGUACUUUGAAGAAAGUGGUAGCAUCUUACGUUUGCUCCUUCAGCAUCUCUCCCCUAACACACCUCACCUCGGAAGGACCCUUAUCUACCACGCCAUCAUUUGUAACAAUGCACAAGCACUUGAUGUGCUGUUGAGUUGUGGAGCAGAUAUAGAAUUUCCUCUAAAAAUAAGUCAUAAAAAUGAAAUACGUCCCAUUCAUUUGUGUGCACGUCUUGGGGGAGUGGAAAUUCUUUGGCGAUUGAUAACAGGUUGUUGCAACAUCAACUCCAAAACCAAUGAAGGAGAGACAGCAAUAAUGAUAUGCACUCGUUACAAACACAAAGAGUGCCUUAAGGCCCUAGCCUCAGCAGGUGCUGAUUUUGGUCUGGUCAAUGUGGCUGGCGAGUCUGUAAGCUCAAUAGCAGGGGCUACAAUGUGGACAUUAGGUUUCCAGCAGGUAGUCCUUGAUGUGAUUAAGUCCGGAAAAGUUGUCAAAUCGAGCAACUCAAAAGUGUUUUCUUCAGUCCUUUUUGUGGUUCGGUCCAAUGAUAUUGAAGCAUUGAAAAUCCUUGUGAAACAACCAGGGGUUGCUCUUAAUGAGCAGGACGAAAAGGGGUUUACAGCAGCUAUGGUGGCUGCAGCAAGUGGUCAAUUAGAGGCUUUUCGCUUGCUUGUCUACUCUGGAGCCGAUGUUUCUAUAAGCAACAAGUGUGGAGAAACUGCUUUUACUUUGUCGGAAGAAAGCAAUAAUCGAGAGGUGUUUGAGAAAAUAAUGCUGGAUUAUGUUCUAAAAAAUGGAAGUCAAGGGCAUGUUAGCUUGUAUGCUUUGCAUUACGCAGCAAGACAAGGGGACUUGGCUUCCGUUCGAAGGUUAACAAGCAUGGGAUAUGAUGUCAAUGCGGUUGAUGGUGAUGGGUACACUCCACUGAUGUUGGCAGCCAAGGAAGGCUAUGGAAGCAUGUGCCAGUUUCUGAUUUCUCGAGGUGCUAAAUGUGAGAUCGAGAAUGAAAGACGUGAAACUGCCCUUUCACUAGCAAGGAAGAAUGGCGUUGGAAAUGAAGCUGAGCAAGUGAUACUCGAUGAGCUUGCACGAGUUCUAGUUUUAUGUGGCAUACGGGUGAAGAAACACACAAGGGAAGGCAAAGGAGAUCCGCACUGGAAAAAAUUAAAGAUGUUUCGGUCUACUGGGGUGUUACACUGGGGCAAAUCUGGGAAGAGGAAUGUGGUUUGUCGGAGUGCUGAAGUGGGUCCCAGCCUCACAUUCCUUGGAAACCGUCCAAAGACAUGCAACGACAAGCAAACGGGGCUGUUCCACAUCGUGACUAACAAGAAUAAAGAGGUGCACUUCGCCUGUGAUGGUGGAGUAGAGGUUGCUAGGUUAUGGGUGAGAGGGAUAAAACUCGUGACUAGAGAAGCCAUUUUCGGAAAGACGACACUCAAAGCUAUAUUCAAUCGGGAACUGGGAAACUAGAGGCGAUUUCGCGAAGUUCAUGUAGGGAAGUUUCUAAAAAUGGCCUCAUUCGUAUGUAUUGGUAAGUUUUUAUCAGUUACCUUUUGUAAAGGAAAGAUCAUCUUGUAACCUUAGGAAAGGUUUACAUUGAUCUUUAGUUGUUAAUUACUAUUAGAAGUAGAAUUCACCUUGUAAAAAGGUGUGAUAUGAUGUUUAAGAGAGUCAUUAUGCAUAUAUUAUAUUAUAAUUAUAAUUAUAAUAAAAAGCUCAAGGGGGGACGCCCCCUCUAGUCCUAGUUAUCUUUCAUCCAUGUAUAGCAUGAUUGUUCAUCGCAAGGAACAAAGGAGUCUAAUACUUUUGUUCGGAACAUGCACAUGUACAAAAUUUUUAACUCAAUUAUGUUAAGAUGGAAAAAAUUGGCCCGAACGAAGUGUGUCAAUGUCUAUGAUCCAUAUGGUCCUAAGUUUUUCACCGACUCACUUGACCUUGCUCGAGAUCCUAAAUUUACGGGUUUCUAAUUGAACUCUAUAUGGUGUGCCCAUCCAAGUUUUCCACAGUUAUGGUGUGUUACUUUCUUAAGAGAGUUGGAGAAAUUGUGGGCACAACUGAAAGAAAAGGAUUGUUAUGAAGGCAAGGGAAUUUUCAAACAAGAAAAUAAGGACAAACAUUGAUUGGCACAAACUUGGAUGGACAAAAAUACAAAAUUUUUUUGCAACAAUUACAAUCUUGUUGGUGCUUAUUUCUAAUUUCAUUAUACACAAAUUUUAUUACUCCCU